AUGCCGGGCUGCUCUUCCUUCUCGCUGCAUCCGCUGCCUCGGAACCGGCCUCAGGUCUCCCCAGGAAAGCAGCUUUCCUCCGUUGCGCCUCCUUUCGCCCCGCCGGGUCUGGUCCCCCACCCCGCUGCUCUUUGUUCCUGGGAGGGACGGAAGGAGGCGGCGCUCGGUUUAGGGGGCUUCCCGCAGUGGAUCAGCCGCAGAUCCGGAGGCAGCGGCGCAGUGCGCGCAACCAGUUGUGGCUGCCGGUGGGGGAGAGUAGGUAAUGGUUAGGGGCGAGAGCGUGGAUUGGUUGGUGAUCUUAUGGGGUGGGAGUUGUGGGGUUGCUCGAGAAGGAGGUUGGCGGGUGGUUCGCGGAGGGGACUUCUUGGCCUCCCUCCAUUUGCGUUUACUUGAGCCGGGGUCGGGGAGCACAUCUAGCCGGGCCCCUGUUUUCCUUCCUGGGGUGCGAUAGUGCUGGGUUUCCUCAUCCACCCACGUGCCUGAGCAAGUCGGGGGAAAAAGGUGGUUUCCUUCCGGAAAUGCCGUCCUGCCUUCACAAUGGCCGCGCUCGUGUGCGGCUGUUCUUUGAGGGUGGCGGUGAGGAUGAAAAGAGCAGCCAAGCUCUGCUUUUUGGUGGGCUCCCAAACGCAGUUCUAUAGCCGGAUUGAGAAUCGAGAGGAAUCUACAGUGAUCUGGUUCUAGAUCCUCUGGGUGGGGGUAGUCAACUUCAUAUACACCAUCCCCCACAAAAAAAAGAAUCGUGGGAAGUGUAGUUUGUGUAGUUCAGUGUGCUGUAUAGGGGUAUGUGCUUUAAAUUCCGUAUACAUAUCCCAAACUUUUUCAAACACAGUUUAUGGCUACUGAAUUCCCCUCACCCCCACCUCCAAAUCCUAGAGAUAACAAGUAGGUGAAGUUGUAUCUUUUUGUUAGGGUAUGUUCUUCUGAUGCUAAGGGUCCUCUGAGGAAGUGAUGGUGACCUCACAGAACCUCCCUUGUUUUUUUACAACUUCCUCACUCAGAAUAAAAAAUAUUAAAAGUAGUGCUUUUUUUCAACCAUGAAGUUAUUAUAGUAAGUGCCACACUUUUAAAGAACCAAAAAAGGGGAGGAGGUGCCAGUACUUCGUACCCUUGAGUACCCCCUGAGGAAAAAAACUGAUUAGAGGCAUGACCCCUGGAAAAAAAGGUUGCAGCACUUGUUUUUCACUUUUCCAUGCCCUCUUCUUUUUAUUUUUAUAUGAUUCUAUGGUUCCCAGAAUUGGCACAGAAGAGGGGUUGAUUGUUGAUACUCUGAAUUGUAGCUCUGUGAGGAAAACAGAAGCACCUAACAAUUCACAGCACCCUCAACAAAUUACAGUUCCCAGGAUUGUUUGGGGCUGGCCAUGACUGUUUAGAAUGGUACUUCUUUAAAGUAUCUGUGCUGUGGGCUGUACAAUUUGAAGGGGGCACACCUGUACACUUCCAUGUUCAUCAAAUAAAAAACACCAUUUUGCUUAUAUCUUUUGUUCUCUGGGACUAACACAGCACAAAGAUGGGGAAAAUAAUGCAUUAAUUUGUACUUGCAAUCCAUAAUCAGAAAUAAAAUGUUCAGGUAGUGGCAUAGUCGUCUGGCACUCAUGAACCAGCGUUCCUUCAUUUUAAGUCUUGUUAUGUUGCACAGUGUUUUUUCUGUGUAGUGUGGGAACACAAAGUUCUGAGAGAGAGACAGACAGAGGGAGAGAAAUGUGCUUCUUAGACACCUCUGGAGACUCUACACAGGACCUCACAAGGCCUAAUACGCAGCAGGGAGUGCCUAGGUCUUCUGCCAGUAAAUUAAUAGAUCCCCUCUGGGACAGGAUUCCUUCCUUUUGGGAGCUCUGAAGAAAGGCAGUGUUCACUGUGUGCACAUAUUCUCUCUUGCCACUGCAGAAUUGUAACGGAAUAAAUUUGCACCUCUGGCACUUCUUGACCAGACCCUUAAAGGAAUAGAAGACUUGUUCUUAACUAAAUAUGUCAAGUGCUGAUACAGGGAUGGGGAACCUGCGCCCGCUAGAUAUUGUUGAGGCUCCAACUCCCAUCGGCCGCAGCCAGCAUGGUCAGUGCUCAGGGAUGAUGGGAGUUGUUGUUCAUAAAUAUCAGGAGAGCCAUAAGUUUUCCAUGCCUGUCCUCAUAUAAGGUGCAUCCCCCUUCAGUAACAUCCAAACAGUAAUCAGCCUGGAGUCAAGGGGAUCUUCAAAGUAGCAGAUAGGUGCUUGGGGUGAAACUAGGCCUACAUGUCUUGGAGGUGAUGCUUUGAGGGGAUUGCAGGGUAGAUAGAUAGAUAAUUUAUUACGGUCGGAGACCAGCUUAUGGAUUGCAAGGUACAUGGGUGGGAGCGAGACACUGAAAGUGGUGAGCCGGCAAGUUUCUCAGGGAAAAAAUGGGAAGAAUAGUGGCUGCACAUUUUACCUCAUAACUUGGGUUCCAUAAAUGCUAGCAAUUUAUUCUUAUGAAAAGAGGGAGGGGGAGAGAACUAGGAAUCUGGGGAUUGUGGUUCAUGGGGACAGGAGUCCAGAGGACACCCAUCCCCCUGGACACCCAUGGCAGGGUGCCCUGCUAUGAAUAUGUAGCUUCAGUAGCAAGAAAUGGCCUUAUGCAGUUUGCUGACCUGGAAUACUAGAUAUUCUGUUUAACCGUAGCCUUGCAGUGGUGUCUGUGGUCUAGACAUGUAUCUCUGUAUGUACUGUAUUUUGACGGUUGGUAAGUCUUCACAGUUUCUCCAGACAAGCAGAGAGUUGUGGGAGGUGCCGCUCUUCAGUUAUUGCUAUUGCUAUUGCCGUCUCUUUGCAGGGGAGAUUCGCUUUCUCUCAGCACAAGUGAUCCACCACUGAGGUUACUUCUCAGGCACUUCUAACAAUAUGGAGAAGAGAAAUUGAGAAUGAAGAUUUGAGGGGGAAAUGCGAUUUUUUGACUGACCACCAGAUCUUGCCUAUUGCUUCUGCUUCUCAGGCCCGGCUCAUGACUGCAAGGAUCUCUCCCCUGUUUUGUCCAACCUGAGUACCGCUGUGCUCUGCCACCUCGGGACAUUUUGA